AUGUACAAGUCUGGCCUAUCGUUUGUGGAGGUGUACUCCGAGCUCGAGCACUCUGUCCUUGCGCUCGAUGCGGUGGUGCUCUCUAAGACCACGGCUUUCCAGCAGCUGGACAUUGUCGACUCGUCGCUCUACGGCCGCUCGCUGGUGCUGGACGGCUCGUGGCAGUCGUCGAGCCGCGAUGAGGCGCACUACCACGAGGCGCUGGUUCAUCCGGCCUUUCUGGCCUAUGCUGCCGCCCAUGGAGCCGCUGGUCCGUCGACCGUCCUCAUUCUCGGCGGCGGCGAGGGCGCCACCGCCCGCGAGGCCCUCCGCUGGCCGUCGGUGACCAAGGUAGUCAUGGUGGACAUCGACGGCGAGGUGGUUGAGGCGUGCAAGGAGCACAUGCCCGAGUUCUCAGCCGGCGCCUUUGACGAUCCCAAGGUCGAGCUGGUCAUCGGCGAUGCGCUCAAGUACCUGGCCGACGCUGGCGCCGAUGCCAACGGCCCGCGCUUCGACGUGGUCAUCUCGGACUUGUCGGAUCCGAUCGACGACGGCCCGUCACAGGCUCUGUUCACCCGCGAGGUCUUUGCUUCUGUCCGCGGCGUCCUCUCGCCCGAGGGUGUGUACGUCCUCCAGGCCGGCCAGGUCUCGCCGUUCCUCGAAAUGCAUGUCCACACGUACUCGACCAUGAAGGCGGUCUACCCGCACGUUCUGGGCUACUCGACGGAUGUGGCCUCGUUCCGCUCGCACUGGGGCUUUAUGCUCGGCGCGUUUUCCGACGCGUACGCGCCGCAGGCAACGUGCCUCGGCCGCCCGGCGCCGUUUUCGCCGCUCUUUGCCGCGUCGGCCAUCGACACCCUCCUCGCCGGUGCCGACCUCACCGACUCGCUACAGCUUCUCGACGGCGAGGGCAUGCUGAGCAUGGUGACCCACCCCAAGUGGCUCCGUACCGCCUACGCACGCGCCACCAAGGUGUUCUCGUCGAGCGAUGCCGAGCUUGCGUCGUACACGACCACGCUCGACGACGAGAACGAGCCUGCCGCCGCGCAGUGAAGCCGCCGCGCACUUCGGUCUCAGCUAGCUCGAGGCAAGCAGGUCACCAAUGGCCUCGACCCACUCGGACGCCGUCGCGUCCGGAUCGGACAGAUUGUACGACCGAUCCGGGACGUGGAUGCGGAACUUCUUGGCCGAGACCAGUUCCGGCGAGAGGUCGCCCGACCACGGGAUCUCGCCCUUGACCACGUUCUUCUUCGGGUCGACGUAAAACAGCCGCGGCUUGUC